AUGACGCUCGCGAGCGCUGACCGGGGCAAGCGCAAGGGCGCGACCGGCGCGCGCGCGAAGACGACCGAGACGACGACGACCGAGACGGCAAAGGCAAAGGCGAAGAGGACGAAGGCGAAGACCAAGGCGAAGGCGAAGGCGAAGCCGUACCCCGACGCGCGCUCGGUGACGGUGAACGGGGAAAAAUACCGAAGGUGCGCCGCCGCGCUCGUGUUCAACGAUCGAGGCGAGAUUCUGUGCGGCGAGAGGAGCGAUCGAGCGGGGUCGUGGAACGCGCCGCAGGGCGGCGUCGAGGCGGGCGAACGCGUCGAGGACGCGGCGGCGCGAGAACUGUUCGAGGAGACGGGCGUGCGCGCGAUGGACGCGACGACGCCGAGCUCGAGCGGUGUCGUGCGAUUGAUCGGGGCGCUGCCGGAGAGCGAUGGGUACUGCUAUCGCGUGGAAGAAAACACGUGGCUCGCCGAGCGCGGACUCGCGGGACAGAGACUCGAGUUCGCGCUCUUUCACUGGCCGGGCGUGGACUGCGACGCCGACCCCACGACGCACCCGGCGGUGAAUUUAGCGGGCGAAAACGGCGAAAGUCGCGAGUUCGAUCGCUUGCGCUGGAUAGAUUUCGACGAGAUGGUUCGCGACGUGUGGCCGAGCAAGCGGGCGCCGUACGCGCUCGCGCGCGACGUCGCCUCGCCGUUGAUUCGCGACGCCCUCCGCGCCGCGCGCGGCGAUUCCGAGUAG